AUGUCAACAAAAGCAAUAAAUGGAGAGGGACCCAUCACACUACUCCUUGUAGGGCCAGCCCUUCACACCCUUACCCCAGGCUUGUUCCACGUUGGCAACGACAGAUUGCAUGCAGCUAGCUUCAUUGUGGAUACGCCUCAUGAGACACUUUUCCG